UGUUUCUAACGGAAGCUAAGCCAGCCAGCGCAAGUUUAAUAGUCUCCUUCGUCUUCUUGGAUCCCUCCCUCUCUUCUCUUCAGCUAAUCUUCUCUACUGUUCAUACCAAUUCCAAUCCAUCCAUCAAUCAAAUCAAUCUCCAUUUCCUGCUUCAUUUCUCGAUCCAUUUCUCUACUUCUUCUCCGAUUUCAAAUCAAUUUGGAAUCCUUGUUGUUGUUGUUUUCUCGUCCUAAUCAUCUCCGACGAAUUUGGCGGGGGGAUUGAUAUAUCAGAAUGAUGUGGAGUACGAUCGCCAAUUUGAAAGAGAAUCUCAACAAGAUCGCGUUAGAUGUACACGAAGAGGAUGAUGAUGACGAAGAAUUAGGGGUUUACGCUUCUCCCGAUCGAGAUGUCGAUUCCGUGUCCGAUCGACGACGAUAUUCUCGUAGCUUCUCUCGUUCUCGUCUUGCUUCGCAUUCUCCUUCGACUAAUGGUUUUGAUUCCACCUACAAAACUGAGAUGGAACAAUAUGAAGCAGAAAUCAAUAGGCUUAGAGGAUCAGAGGCUGAAAUUAAGGCUUUAUCGGUUAAUUAUGCUGCGCUAUUGAAGGAUAAAGAGGAUGAGAUUUUAAGAUUAAACGAAGAAAAUCGUUCGGUAAAACAUGAUCUUAAAGCCACAAGUGCAGCUUUAGUUAUAUCAAAUGGACAGAAUGGGCUCAAGGAGAAUAAUGCUCACUCACCUACUCGACUGCAAAAAGCUAUGGAAAAAAAUCGUUCAAUUGGCAAUCAAACACUAGAUGGCUUUUCCUCUAAACAGGACGGGUUGAGCAAUGGGAGUACACAACGAGUGGCUAAAGCAGAACUCAAACAUUCCAUUACUCAGAGCAAAGAAAAGGAAUUGGCGGAUUUGAUUGAAGAGAAAAACAAGUUCAUUUCAGCUAUUCAAACAGAUCAUGAGUCACAAUUGAAAAAGCUAUCGGUUCAGCUCAAUGAAGAACGUGAAAAGUUGGUGCAUGUACAACAAAAUCUGCAAGAGGAGCGAAAGUUGAACUUUUCAUUACAGGAGGAAUUGAACUCAUUAAAAGUGGACAAGGACAAAAUAUUAAUGGAGAUGAGUAGCAUACGAAAAGAAUUGGAGAAUAAAAUAUCAUCUGAACGCCAGUUGCAAAAUGAAUUGAAUAGGAAGGACGAAGCUGAAGCAGGUACUACCUUGGAGAGUUUGAGAAGAGAAAUUGCAAUCCUCAAGAACGAGAACAGUAAUCUUAAGAAUGUUUCCCAGGAAGUUAAGGAAGCAGGAAGUUUAUCUGAGAAUAAAGAGGCGGAACUAACUGUUCGGACAAUGGAGAAAGAAUUGAAGGAAACUCGAAAACAAAGGGACAAAGCAUUACAGCAACUGAAUAGGCUAAAGCAGCAUCUCUUAGAAAAGGAAUCAGAGGAAUCAGAAAAGAUGGAUGAGGAUAGCAAGGUAAUCAAAGAACUACAAGAGAAAAAUGAGUACCAAAGACUCCAGAUAUCAAAUUUGGAGAAAGCCUUGAAGCAAGCAAUUGCUGGUCAAGAGGAAGUGAAGAUGGCUAACAAGAAAGAAAUUCAUGAUCAGAGGGAAGUCAUUGAUGGCCUAAAAGCAAAACUGGCAAGCUGUAUGAGGACUAUCGAUGCAAAAAAUGUUGAACUUUUAAAUCUUCAAACUGCUUUAGGACAGUACUAUGCUGAAAUUGAAGCUAAGGAAUUUCUCGAAAGAGAGCUAUCAAAGUCAAGAGAAGAUUCAGCUAAGCUUUCUGGCUUACUAGAGGAUGCACAUCAGCAGGCAGAGAUUCUAAACAGGGAGAAGGAGGAUAUGAUGGAAAGAUAUUCAAGAGCUGAAUUAAUGUUAUUAGAGGGUAAAAAGAGAGUGAAUAAACUCGAAGAAGACAACGGAAAACUACGCCGAGCCUUUGAGCAGAGCAUGUCAAGAAUUAAUCGCAUGUCAGUGGAUUCCGAUUAUUAUGUUGACAGGCGAAUUGUUAUCAAGUUGUUGGUAACCUACCUCCAAAGAAACCACAGCAAAGAGGUUCUGGAGCUUAUGGUGCGAAUGCUAGGUUUCUCGGAAGAGGAUAAGAAAAGGAUAGGUGUAGCACAACAAGGAAGUAAAGGUGUUGUUAGGGGUGUAUUGGGUUUUCCAGGUCGCCUUGUUGGUGGCAUCUUAGGUAGUAGUAAUAGUGGCUCUGGCGAAUCCCCUGCAGCAGCUAUGGCUUCUGAAAAUCAGUCAUUUGCAGACCUUUGGGUUGAUUUUCUUUUAAAAGAAACGGAAGAGAGGGAGAGAAGAGAAUUAGCGGCAGAGAUGACCACAAAUGAAUCUAAUAAGUUAGACAACGAACGCUAUAGCAGUGUAUCAAGUUCAUUUCCGAAUCACGGAGGUAUAGGAAGGUUGGUGCGAGAUGAAAGCGAUUCAGAAUUCUCAUCAAUACCUUUAACUUCAUCAGAAAAGGAAACUAGUAGUAGAUCUCCAAUGCUUCAAAGACAUUGAUUUUAUGAGAGACUCAAUCAAAGUAUUUAAUUAAGCAAGGGAAGAAAGAAAAUCGAGGAAAAAAGGUAGAGUAUAAACUUCUUCUUCUUUUUUUUUUAUCUUUGUAAUUCAUUUGAUCCGUUUAUUAUUUCGGGGGAGGAGUCACUGUAUUAUUAGUGUUUUGCUGCCUCUCUUGAGUCUGAAAACUAAACAUAUCUGUCUAUGUAAGGGGAUCUUUAGUGUGACUUUGUGGACUUUGGCUAUAUAGGAGGAAGGUGGUGAGAGUUUUUUCAUUAUUUGUAUUGUAUGUAUGAAAUAUGAAUGAAUGGGAAAAAGGAAACAAGAGGAGGGAGUGCUUCAACAUCUCUGUCUUGAAGGUUUUAUUUUUGUAAUAUUCC